AGACGGCAAAAGUAGUGUGAAAGAAGAAAGUUAUGUCUCUGUGCAUAUAAUUAUUAAGUAGAUUCCUUGUUAUAUUUCUCAUCCACUUGUUGAAUUUCAUGUCAAUCGAUAUCACUAUUAGAGUCCGGACAUCAAAACUAAAUUGCUUCCGCUUGAUAUCCCCAGUCCCACUCCCAGUUUUCUUGUUUACUUCUUUAACAAUUCCAGUCUUUCUCAUUCAAUUGUUUGUGGACGCAAAGAAGCAGUAGCCUUCCCAAGAAUUUCAAUCAGUUUUUACCGUCGAAGUCUCUUCCCCACUUUCAUUACUCUCAAACCAAUUACGUACCCGUCUUCGUUUUCCUUUAUAUUUCAUUGAUCUCUUCAGAUUGUAUAACUUCUGAGACCCACAAACUUCAAGAUAUGAUUUUCUUGAAAGAAUCAUGUACUAAUACUAUUAUUUUCUUGGCAAUCCUUUUUCUUUCACAACUGAUCACAGCUCAUGCUUCUUCCUGGUGCAACCAGACAUGCGGCGAGCACUAUGUUUCUUACCCUUUUGGAUUCUCCUCAGGUUGCAAAAUUCAUUUAAAAUGCAGCCAAGAAAGCAACAUGGUUGUUAAUGAGUUUCCCAUCGUAUAUGUAAACCAAGAAAAGAUAAGGAUUGAUCUUCGACCCAAAUGCGACCGUCCAAUCGAUACCUUUAAAUCUUUAUUUACAAAAAACUUUGCACCCAUGUCAACAAACGCAAUUCUGUUGAAUAAUUGCUCUUCCACACUUUUACCUUGCAGUAUACCUGACAUAAGCGUCCAGACUCAUUUCGAGUCGCUUAAUUGUUCAAAGUCAAGUCGCAGCAGCAUAAGUUGCCUUUUCAAUUUAACUCGGGAUAAUUUCUUUGAUUCUGGAAAGUAUACUGAUCAGCUUAAGUACUGCGACUACUUUUUGUCAUCAAUAUCAUCAGAGUCUGUCAAUGGUUCAGGUGUGUCGUUGGAUAUUCUAGUGCUUGAUUUGGGGUGGUGGCUUCCAGGGAAAUGCCAAUGUUCUGAGCAAGCCGAUUGUAUUAAAAUUGCAAGUCCCAAAGGACCAGGAUAUCGGUGUCGCUGCAAAGAUGGAUUCUCCGGUGAUGGCUAUUCAGCCGGUACCGGCUGCCGGAAAGGUUCUUGCAAUCUGGAAAAGCAUUUAUCUGGCCAAUGUGGAGAAACAAUAAGGAUUGCGGUUUUAAUCGGAGGAAUUUUUGCAGGAUCAGCUUUAAUGGUUGCUUUGGGUCUGGUCUGCUGUUUCAUUCGAAGACGGUUCUCUACUUCAAAAGCCAAGGGUUUUAGAAAGCUCAGCCUAAGUGAAGCUACAGGGAUUAACAUUCCCAUAUACCCUUACAAGGAAAUAGAGAAAGCCACAAACAGCUUUUCUGAUAAACAAAGGCUUGGAACUGGUGCCUAUGGAACAGUCUAUGCUGGUAAACUCCACAAUGAUAUAUGGGUUGCCAUUAAGAGAAUCAAACAUAGAGAUAUCGAUGACAGUGUUGAGCAAGUUAUGAAUGAGAUCAAGCUCAUUUCUUCAGUGAAUCAUCCGAGUUUAGUUCGCCUCUUAGGCUGCUCAAUAGAAAAUGGUGAACAGGUUCUGGUCUACGAAUUCAUGCCUAAUGGAACAUUAUGCCAGCAUUUACAAAGGGAAAAAGGGGAUGGACUUGCCUGGCCAGUUCGCCUUACUAUCGCUGCAGAAACAGCUCAAGCUAUAGCUUAUCUUCACUCCGCAAUCGAUCCACCGAUAUACCAUAGAGAUAUAAAGUCAAGCAACAUACUUCUAGACUACAAUUUCAGGUCCAAAGUUGCAGAUUUUGGUCUUUCAAGGCUUGGCCGGACUGAAAUAUCUCACAUCUCAACAGCCCCACAGGGAACUCCAGGCUAUCUUGAUCCUCAAUACCAUCAGAAUUUCCAUCUUUCAGAUAAAAGUGAUGUUUAUAGCUUUGGAGUAGUUCUUAUUGAGAUCAUAACGGCAUUGAAAGUGGUAGACUUUUCCAGGCAGUACAAUGAAGUGAACUUGGCUGCUCUUGCCACUGACAGGAUUGGAAAGGGAAGAUUGGCUGAGAUUAUAGAUCCAUUACUUGAUAUACAUUGUGAUGCUUGGACUUUUUCUACUGUACAUAAAGUAGCAGAAUUAGCAUUCAGAUGUCUCGCAUUCGACAAAGACACGAGGCCUUCAAUGAUGGAAGUUGCAGCUGAAUUAGAACAACUAAGGAUAAGUAGAUGGUCUCCAGAAGAAGAAAUAAAAUUCAGAGCUUCAUCGGUCGAAUCCUCCUGCUCUACUUCUUCAUCUAAUAUCAGCGAAAAGCCUCUCAGCUCCACUAAUAAUAAUGGAGAAUUGGGAAAUAUAAGCUUGUUCACACAAGUUAGAAGUGUGAAGUCAACGGAUGAAGCAAAAGAUGAUUCACCGGUUUCUGUUCAGGAUCCAUGGUUAAGUGAACAAAGCUCACCUUCAACAAGCAGUUUGUUAAAUACUGUUAGUCGGUGAUUUGAAGCGCUUUUCCCUGAAGAAGCUCUGCUUAGCUUCAUUUUCCUGUGAAUAUUAUCAAACAAAAUUUUGAUCUUAAACAUCCUUCCUUGUUUCUUAAACUUUACUUGGAUUUGCUUGUAGCAGUGCUUCAGAAGUUGCAGCUGAUUCUCUUUUUUCUUUUCUUUUUUUCCUUUUCUUGUUUCCUUUCUCUCAAAAGCAAACAAAUGAUAACAUGGCAUGUACAUAUUAAUCCCAAAUGCGGAGAUAAUUAAUUACCUAUCAUUCUUGGGACUA